CGGCAAAGUUGGACGGGAACUGUCAAUUUCAAGUUCUGGAAAAUUGUACACGAACCGAGAUUGACACGCUUUCCAGCUAUUUUUAUAUUAACUGUAAAAAUAAUUAACUUAUCUCAUCACUUAUUUGUUGUUCCUGGUGUUAUAAGAAAGACGGUUAACGAAAAGCCGCAAAAAUGAGUACAAUAUUGGAGAAAAUUGCCGCUAUAGAGUCGGAGAUGGCUCGAACGCAAAAAAAUAAGGCCACAGCUCUCCAUUUAGGUAUACUAAAAGCUAGAUUAGCUAAGUUGAGACGUGAGUUGAUCACUCCUAAAGGAGGCGGCGGUGCGACCGGCGAAGGUUUCGACGUUGCCAAAACCGGAGAUGCUCGUAUUGGGUUUGUAGGGUUUCCAUCGGUGGGGAAGUCCACGCUACUGUCUAAUCUGGCUGGAGUGUACUCGGAGGUAGCAGCGUAUGAGUUCACCACGCUCACAACAGUGCCGGGGUGUAUUAAAUAUAAAGGAGCUAAGAUUCAGCUCCUCGAUCUUCCUGGUAUUAUUGAAGGUGCGAAGGAUGGCAAAGGUAGAGGUCGUCAAGUAAUAGCUGUAGCCCGGACAUGCAGUCUCAUCUUCAUAGUCCUGGACGUAUUAAAGCCCUUACAGCAUAAAAAGCUGAUAGAACAUGAAUUGGAAGGCUUCGGUUUAAGAUUGAACAAGCAACCACCAAACAUACAUUUUAGGAAAAAAGAUAAGGGUGGAAUUAAUUUGAAUACUACUUGCCCACAAAGCGAGUUAGACACUGAAACAGUGAAGACAAUUCUAUCGGAGUACAAGAUUCACAAUGCUGACAUCACACUCCGGUACGAUGCUAACAGCGACGAUCUGAUCGACGUGAUUGAGGGCAACAGAGUGUAUAUGCCGUGCAUCUAUCUGCUUAAUAAGAUUGAUCAAAUCAGCAUAGAAGAACUCGACGUAAUUUACAAGAUACCCCACUGUGUGCCAAUAUCGGCACAUCACAAAUGGAACUUCGACGACCUCCUCGAGAAAAUGUGGGAGUACCUCAAACUGAUCAGGAUAUACACGAAGCCAAAGGGUCAGCUGCCUGAUUACAACGCGCCCGUCGUACUGCACGCUGACCGCACCAGUGUCGAGGACUUCUGUAAUAAACUCCAUAGGUCUAUUGUCAAGGAAUUUAAAAAUGCUCUCGUAUGGGGUUCAUCCGUGAAGCAUCAGCCGCAGAAAGUGGGCAUUGACCACGUUCUAAACGACGAGGACGUAGUCCAAAUCGUUAAAAAAGUAUAAAUACCAGUGUAAUACACAAAUAUAUAUUUUUGCGAACGAAAGUGAAUAAUAAAUGUUAAGUGUUUUGAGUAUCUGAAGAAUGUAUUUAUUCAGCUUCUCUGAUGUUUAUUUUUUUUAUUGGUUUUAUACAUUUAUUCCCGGCAAUAUUAAAGAUAGAAAUGACAAGGAUUCAAAUAGUAAGUUUAUCCUUUAUUUUUGUACUGCAAAUUAACUCCUAUGCUACUAUAUCGUAGUAAAAAACGUAUUUAUUAUAUUUAGACCACUUGGAUCGUAAAGUAUGCAUAUUUAAUUUUGUAAAUUAUAUUUUGAAACAAAGUGGGAGAAGUGGGAAGUUCUCAUAGAAAUACGCUAUUGAACCAUGUUGACCAUGACUAAACUAGCACUGUAAAAAGGAAAAAUAGUUUUCAAAAUUCAUGUACUUGACUACAUUUUUUCAUUCUUCGGAUACUCGAAAAUAAUUUGUUAUUGUUGGAAGAAAAUUCUAUGUAAGGGAUGAUACGUUUGUAUUGAGUUUUUUUAUAACCUUCUUACUUUCGAAAUGUCGUACGCAUUUACGUAACAUAAGUCAAAAGUUGUGCAUGCCUUACAAUAAAUAACAAUCAUAAUACAUCAAUGAAGUAAUUUAUAAACAAAUAUGUAUUGUUUCUUUGUAAGUAGUUUUAAACUGUGACAAAAGGUGUCCCAUAAUAGGCCAGCUUCACAUGUUGGCCCCAAUGUUUGCACACGUUGGUGUAAGCGUUGGAGCCAAAUUGUUGGGCCUUGUGGUUACCAAAGUCGAGGUCAGUCGGUACGUUAGUUUAAAAUUAGAAUUCGAAACAGUUUUGUUUUUGCAUAUCAGACAUCUAAAUAGGCAAAGGUAUAUUGUUAUACAGCUUAUCAUUUAUAUGAUGGGCAAACAAAAUUUGCCAGUCAAAAUUAAGGCUUAACCUGAUGAUAUUAAUAUUUGACAACUUCGCAUUAAAAUAAUAAGAUAAAAUAAUUGACAAAAAAUAUUGAUAAAGCUAUAAUUGUUCCUUAUAUGGCAAUCCGACCAGUCUAGAUGUAUGGUAACACUUUUUCAAAUAAACUGGGAUGUUUAACUUGUGUUGUACAGAAUGCUCAUUAUAAAUAUAAAAAUCUA